UUCUCAUGGAGCCAGAUAACGCAGUAUCAAGCUCUUUCUGAAGACAUUUGACAAACUCUAAAGACAUUCAUCACAAGAUGCCAGAACAGACUGAGCUCAUUCACACCUUCAAUGGCAUUCCAUUUUCUACAAGAGUAUCAAAAGAGCUCCUUCAGUCCCUGGACACCUUUGAAGCCAGAGAAGACGACGUGUUAUUAGUUUCCUAUCCAAAAUCAGGCACGCACUGGCUUACAGAGAUUAUGAAGAAUCUGUACCACAGCCACAAUGAAGACAAUGGGGUUAGCAAAGUGACACUGACAUCACCUCUGGAGUUCGGAGAUCUCUCCAAGUUCGAUGAGCUGAGAAACCUCCCCAACAAGAGGCUCAUCCCAACACACCUCAACUAUGAAAUGAUCCCAGUGCAGUUCAAAACGAAAAAAUGCAAGAUGAUUUAUGUGAUCAGAAAUCCUAAGGACACCGCUGUUUCAUUGUACCAUUAUUACAAGCAGAACCCCAAUCUGCCCAAGAUUGAGAAAUGGUCCACCUUUUUAGAAAUGUUCUUGAAAGGAGAAGUUGUGUGCGGUUCCUGGAUUGACCAUGUCCUUAGCUGGGAAAAGAGUAAAACUGAUGAAAAUGUCCUUGUUCUGUACUACGAGUCCUUAAAGGAGGAUCUUCCAAAAUAUGUCAAGGAGAUCAGCACAUUUUUGGGCAUCAAUGUCACUGAAGAGCAAGUCAAAGACAUUUCAAAGAAAUCUUCCUUCAGUGAAAUGAAGGAAAAGGCAGAGAAGGAGAAAGUGAAUCCAAACCACACGGUCUGUGUACUGACUUCCAACAAGAAGCUGAUAUUUAGGAAAGGUACUGUUGGUGACUGGAAAAAUCAUUUCACUUCCAAGCAGAAUGCCAGGUUUGAUGAGCUGUUCAAUGAAAAAAUCAACUCCAGUGAAUUAGCAAGACGUGUGGAAUAUGAGAGUUAGAAUAUAAAGAGCAAUGGCACACUUAUUGUUGUCUU